UUCUUCUUGAUCGCUCUUUACAUAUUUUGUGAAAAUUCAGAGAAGUGAGCCAUGAUCUUCUUCAUCAUCAUCAUCCUCCUGAUGAGUAGAACUUUGGCUAACUGUGAUUUGAAGCCAGACAUUACUGUAGCUAAUGAUGGAUCGGGUGACUUCGUGAAGAUUACAGAGGCUAUAUCCAGUAUUGCUGAAAAAACAACUCCCGUUGUAAUUUACGUAAAAGCCGGAAUCUAUUACGAGAACGUAAUCGUUUCUCGAGAUCAGGUUACGAUGUACGGCGACGGAAAGCAGAGAACGAUCGUCUCAGGGAACCUCAAUCGACUUGACCAUCCGGACUACACGACUUAUCAAACCGCAACUUUCUCUGUGACCGGUAACGAGUUUAUUGUCAAAGAUAUGGGCUUUGUGAACGUAGCGGGACCAACAAAACAUCAAGUUGUUGCAUUCCACACAAGAUCCACGCAUUCGGUUAUGUUUCGGUGUGCCUUCAACGGUUAUCAAGACACCCUCUACGCUCACGAGGGCAAGCAACUCUACAGAGAAUGUGAUAUAGUUGGGACAGUGGAUUUCAUAUUCGGAGAAGCCUCGGCGGUUUUCGAAAUGUGCCGGAUCAUGCCACGGAAACCUCUUAGCGGACAGUACAUAACUAUCACAGCUCAAAAUGCAAACGACAACAAAGCGAGAACGGGGUUCUCUAUAAUUAAGAGUCGGAUUUUCCCUUUCGAUGAAAACUUAACGGCUGCGGUCUAUCUCGGACGGCCUUGGGGGAGUCAUGCAACCGUUGCUAUUAUGGAGAGUGAGCUAGGUCCUUGCAUUGAUCCUCGUGGCUGGGUUGCAUGGAACCGGUCGUUGGACCCGCCGCCUCCAACCGUCUCAUUGGGAGAGUACCGGAACUACGGGCCAGGAUCAACUGUGUCAAAAAGAGUCAAGUGGGUAGGCUAUACCCCGGCUAUGACGGAUGAGGAGGCCGAGGCGUGUAGUAUUCAGGCGUUAAUCAACCAAGAAGGUUGGUUAAACAACACAUGCAUCCCGUAUUAAUUAUGGUUUUCUCUAAAUUAAUGGUUGUAUGUUUAAUUAAGACAAUAUAAUUAAAAUGUAGUAGAUUGUAUGUUUGAUUAACUAAAGACGAUAUGAUGUGGAUUGUAUGUUUGAU